CAUUCCCCGGUUAGCCAGCUGGCGGGGAUUAUAUGUUGUUUGAGUUAGACGAUCUUUGUACUAUCUAAUCACACAAAGCCACGUGUAUGUAUACACCUUUAGCAUAAUAAUUAGCUGUGUAAUUUAAAAGUUGGGAGAAGACGUGUGUUUAAUUGUAUAGUCAUACAGUGCAAAGUUUGCAGACGACAGAAUUGCAGAAGGUAUAUUUUUUUCUGGUACUUGCGCUUGUGGGUUGUGUAUAGGCUAAUGAAAAGUGUAAAUCUAUACAGCAUUACAUGAAAUGAAUUUCACUUGUUUAUUGCUGGUGUUAGCUGUUGGUCUUUGUUGUGGUGAGAAAGAAACAGACAAGCAUGGAGCAGGACACAAACCACCCAGCCACAUGCACCAUGAUCAUGAAAAAGAUGGAGAACAUAAUCCACAUUAUGACCAUGAGGCAGUGUUAGGGUCCAAAAAGUUAGAAGAAGAGUUUGAUGAGUUAAGUCCAGAGGAAUCAAAAAGACGAUUGGCGUUAUUGGUAAAGAAGAUGGAUGUCAAUGGGGAUGGAUUUGUAACAGCAGAGGAACUAACACAGUGGAUUCUUACUUCAUUUCAAAAAUUAGAUGAAGAAGAUUCUUCAGAACAGUUAAAAGAACACGAUACUGACAAAGACGGGAAAGUGACAUGGAAAGAAUACAUCAGUAAACAGUACGGCUAUAAUCCAGAAGAUAUGGAAGAUUUUAAACACAGAGACCAAGAAGAUCUAGAAGACUUCAACAAGGUAAAAAAGAUGGUAGAAGAAGACCACUCAAAGUUUAAUGCUGCUGAUGAGGACAAAGAUGGAGCCCUUAAUGAGAAGGAAUAUGUAGCAUUUGAAUUCCCUUAUGACUUCAAACAUAUGCAUGAAGUGGAAAUGGACAGAUCUAUGAAAGAUUACGAUAAAAAUGCUGAUGGAACUAUCUCAUUACAAGAAUUUCUUGGACAAGAGGGUGCUGAUGAUCCAGAAUGGGAAGCUACAGAAAAAGAUAGAUUUACAGAUUACGAUAAAAAUAAUGAUGGUAAAUUAGAUAGAGAAGAGAUGAAACCGUGGAUUUUACCCGAUAAUAUGGAAACAGCUACAGAGGAAUCCGAUCAUUUAAUCGGCAGAGCUGAUGAUGAUAAAGAUGGUAAACUAUCAGAAACAGAAAUCGUAGAUCAUAGCAAAGACUUUGUAGGCAGUCAAGCAACAAACUAUGGGGCAUUCCUCCCACACGAAGAAUUGUAACCUUGAUCUCUAUAGAACUACUUCAUAAUUUGUGAACAUGAUGCAAUGAGUAAAAGUUGUUAAAUAUGAACGUGGAUUUUUCUUUGAUAUUUUGGGGGUUAGGAUUACAUUAUUCAGAUACUGUCCCAUGUAUAUUUUUGACAAGAUUAUAGUGCUAUUCAUUUUUUUGAAACCUUUAAAAGUCUUUUUAUCUUUUUGGAAAUUUAUAAUUACGAUUAUUUUGUAUAUGUCGGGAAGGUGUAGUAAUAUAAACACAAUUUUACCUUAUUGUAUCAUGUUCUAUAUUUUUUCAUUGCAUUUCUUUGUUACAUUUGUUUUGUUAGUGUUUCAAAAAUAUUCCAUUAUUCAAUUUUUCAGGUUUGUAGUUAAUGAAAUUUGAAUCUGAUUAUUGUAACAAAAGUUGUAUUGUUUUUAGAGCUUUAAUACACUGCUUUAAUAUGUACCAUAGUUUUUAUAAGAAUACUAUCUAGUAUGGAUUUUCUGCUGAAAGACUUAAAUUUCACACGAUUUAAGGUGGUGGUUUUGAAUAUUUAAUACCAUGUUAUCUUUGUUAAAAUUUAUAAUGAACAAAAUUGUGUUAUGAGUGUGAACCUUUUAUCAUGUGCAAUAAGUUAUAAUACUCCAGUUCUAUAGAACUGUUAACAGAAUUAGGUGCUGAUGAUCUUUUACAUGUCAUAUUCAUAUCACAUAUAUUUACAUGAGGAUCCUAUAAAAUCAGCCAAAUUGAUGAUAUAUGAAUGAUAUAUAAGCCACACAAGGCAAGGCCACUUUUGACAUGAUUUUGAAACUUAAAAAAAAAUUCAGUUAAAAAGUAAGAUUUCUCUAUAUAUCCUAUUUAAUUUUAAGAAUAGGAUGCAUGUACCUCUUACAUAACUCUAUUUACAUUGUUGAUUGUAUACACCAUUGUUUUUUCUGUACCUUCGUGUUAAAUGUACUGUUUGUAUGAGAAUAAGAUAUAUACAAUAUGUGUCUUAAUUGAAAACAAACCCUGGUACCCCACAUUAUUAGUUUGGGUUUCAAUGUAUCUCUGUUGCCAAAUAUUUUGUAUGACAACUUCAGUUACUUCAACUUUAGGUUAAAACCAUGAAUUAUAAAUUUUCAAACAGCCUUGCCAUAUAUAUUGUAUCUCUAUUGAGAUGAGAUUUAUAUGUUGUAAUGAAUUAUGACGGAUUUGUGCAAGUUAUUUUUCUUUUAAAAAGACCAAAGUUGUAUUUUAUUAAUGAUAUAAGAUUUAGAAUUUGAUGUAGGUGUUAUUAAACUUUAAGCUUAUUAAAAGAUUUAUUUAUAUGUCUUUUGUUUUUAUCAUUUACUUACUUUUUGUUUUAUCAGUUAAUGUGUCUGUCAUCUUUUUUUGAACACUCGUACAUUUUUUUCUGUGACAUGUUUUAUUCAGCAUAAUUUAAGAAUUCAUUAUCAAAAUUGUUGUGUUUCAUUGGUUAGCAAUCACCUUAGUUGCUGUUACUUUGGGAGAACAAAGUGAAUCAUUUGUCAUUGGUAAUAUAUUAUACCAAUCUUAUAAUAGAUAAAAAAAAAAAUGGGUACUUCAGACUCGUGACACUGCAAUGAAUAAAAUUAUUUAAAGAGA